CGAUAAGGGCGCGCCCUCGCGCGCAGGAAGGAGGAGGAAGGUGCCUGUCGCCAGCACUCGCUCGAUGUCUCCCUCUACCUCGUUGCGCGGUGAAGAGAAAAUGUCUUGAUUUAGUUCCCCCGAAUGUCAAGCCUCGUCGUCUUCUCCGUGCCCAAGACCGGAGCCGGUCGAGUUCUUCCUCUCCGGGAGUCUAAUGACUUUCAGUCUCGCUCCUGGCUGCGUCCGGCGACCGUACGAUGCGGGCUCCGGUUGGAAGUGCAGGAGAGCGGGAAUCACGCGUUCAUGCUGGGGAUGGGGUUCGUUGGCCAAUUCUUGGGUCACCAAUUGAAGGAGGAAGGAUGGAAAGUUUCAGGGACAUGUUUAAGUGAGAUAAAAAAGAAAAAGCUGGAGGGAAGUGGAUUCGAGAUUUUCAUUUACAGUUUAGAAGAUUAUGAUUCUUCACGUAUAUCAACAUCAUAUGGUUUUCAUCAUCAAGAGAGCUUGUUCACUUUGCAGGAUGCAACACACCUUCUGAUCUCGAUCCCUCCUUCUGUGAGCCUCGGUGAUCCUGUUUUGCACUUUCAUCGUGACCUCAUAUGGAACAGGUUAAAGAAUGGCAGGGUUCAUUGGUUAUGCUACCUAUCCUCAACCAGUGUAUAUGGAGAUCAUGGUGGUUAUUGGGUUGACGAGGAUACCCCUCCAAAGCCUGAGAAUGAGCUGGCUGUGGCAAGAUUAGAAGCAGAGAAUGCAUGGAUCAAUUUAGGUUGUGAUCUUGGUGUGCAUGUGUAUGUGUUAAGGCUUGGAGGCAUCUAUGGCCCUGGGAGAAGUGCUUUGGAUACCAUAAUCAAACAAGGACCUUUGUCAAAAGAUCAACAAAGGCGACAACACAGGCGUUAUCCACCACGUAUUCAUGUUGCUGAUGUGUGUCAGGCAAUCAGAGCCAGUAUGAACAAGUCAUCAACUUGGAAUGUUUUCAAUAUUAUUGAUGAUGACCCGGCCCCACGAUCGGAGGUUUUCUCCUAUGCACGUUCCCUGGUCAUGCAACGAUGGCCAGACAAGCUGGACGGUAUUUCCGUAGAUCAGGAGACACUGAAUCAACAUGCCCAGACAGGCGAGCUUAUUGAAGAGAAGAGGGUGUCCAACAAUCGGAUGAAGAGUGAGUUGGGAGUGGAACUUUUGCAUCCAAAUUACAGGUCUGGUCUGGAAAGUAUUGCUAGAGGUUAUCAACUUCGGUAAUUGGAUGUACAUUGCAUUCAUGACUGCACUCCCCUCUACGGGUCAGGCCUGCAAAGCAUCGCUUGAGAUUGUCAACUUAGACAAACGGCUUUGCAUGGUAUACAUUCACCUUGAUGAGUGCACUUUGCUCUGUUUACAUGGGUGAGCGUGUGAGCUUACCUAUUGGAUCCAUUUAUUUCACUUGUAUGAUAUGGCAGCAAAAUGGGGGGUUCUGUAUGUACGACCACUUAUGAGUUUUCUUAGGACUUGUGGCUAGAUGUGUUGUGAAUUUAAUGUUCAUGGAGGUUGAAAAAUCUACAGAUCAUCUUGGAGAUC